UUCCACUUCACUCACUUUAAUAAGUUCCAGUGAAAGUAAGGCUAUAGUGGAGCAGCAGUGUCUUGCUGACACCACACUCAUCACCAUGGCGCUGCGCAGUACCUGGGUGGUCCUGAUGCUGGUCCUUAGCCUUCGUGGUCAAGUUCAUACAGGGAAAAUCAUCGGGGGACACCCAGCUGUCCCUCAUAGUAGACCCUACAUGGUGCUUUUGGAAAUGAGAAUGUGGAAUGACGAAACCAAAUUUUGUGCCGGCUUCCUGAUCAGCAAUGAGUUUGUGGUGACAGCUGCUCACUGCCAGGCCCGUAUCACUUACGUCCACUUAGGGCUUCACAAGCUGAUCCCUCCUCCAACUCGGAAGAGUAUUCCAGUGAGACGAUCAAUUCCACAUAAGGAGUUCAAUAACAAUACAGGAUACAACGACUUGAUGUUACUGCAGUUAAUGGAGAAGGUGAACUUCACUGAAAAUGUCAGACCGAUACAUUUAGCAAACCGAAGUGAUCACCUGCCUCAACGCUGUAUAGUCUCUGGCUGGGGAUUCACUGAAGAAUAUCAGGAAUUGGCCAGCGAGCUGAUGGAAGUUAAUUUGACACUUGCGAAGGAUACAAGCUGUCCUGAGCCCCAUGCAUUCUUCUCCCUUGGAGAAAUAGGACCUUCACACGGAGACUCGGGUGGUCCACUUGUUUGUGAAGGGGAUGUGGCGUACGGUGUUGUGUCACGUGGCAAUCAAUCAUGCCCCCCCUACAAAUAUAGCGUUUUUAUUAAAAUCCCAGACUAUCUUGAUUGGAUUGUAAGCCACCUGACGCAAAAAGGCUAUUGUCAGUGGAGCAGCAGAACUCUUGCUGACACCACACUCAUCACCAUGGCGCUGCACAAUACCUGGGUGGUCCUGAUGCUGGUCCUUAGCCUUCGUGGUCAAGUUCAAGCAGGGAAAAUCUUUGGGGGACGCAAAGCUGUCCCACAUAGUAGACCCUACAUGGUGCUUUUGGAAACGAGAAUGUGGAAUGACGAAACCAGAUUUUGUCACGGCUUCCUGAUCAGCAAUCAGUUUGUGGUGACAGCUGCUCACUGCCAGGCCUGUAUCUAUAACGUCUAUGUAGGUCUUGAUAAGUUCAAGAAUGAUCAACCUCCGAAGGGCAUCCAAGUGAGUCGAGCAAUUCCACAUGAGGACUUCAAUAAUGAAACAAAUAUCAACAACUUGAUGUUACUGCAGUUAAGCGAGAAGGUAAACUUCACAGACCAUGUCAGACGGAUUAAUUUAGCAAGCCAAGGUGAUCAUCUGCCUCAACGCUGUAUAGUCUCUGGUUGGGAAUUUAGCAGAAGAAAACAGAUGGCCAGGAGGCUGAGGGAAGUUGAGGUCACACUUGUGAAUCGUACACACCCUGCUGAGCUCCAUGCAUACUUCUCCCUUGGAAGAAUUGGACCUUCAAAGGGAGACUCUGGUGGUCCACUUGUUUGUGAAGGUGAAGUGGCGUACGGUGUUGUGUCAGUUAGCACAAAGUGCUUAAAAGUGUACACUAAAAUCCCAGACUACCUUGGUUGGAUUGAAGGCCACAUGAGGAAAAAGUGAAUCCAGAUUGUCAUCGUUAAGAUGCUCAUGCUUUGUUAACCAUGUUGAAUAAAUCGGUUUCACUAA